AUGUCAUCAUCUACAAAUAAUGAUAAACUAAUUAAGGGUUUACUCAAACGAUAUAAAAAACUAGAGGCUUCAUUAAAUAAGUUUAAUUCUAAAAAGUAUAACCACAGUAACAAUGGGGCAAUAUUAAAAGGAAAUAUACUACGUACUUCACUAUUACCGUUUUUAAGAAUUUCCACUUAUCAGUUGGAUGAAUUAUUCACCAAAGAUACCCCCGUGUAUAAGAGUUUAUCCAAUGUGAUUGUUGCCAUAUUCAUUAAAUGGUGGAAUGCCCUUAUUAGUAAUUUAAUAUUUGACAAUGGCUCACGAAAUGGUACUAAUAUGCCUGUGUUACCUAAAACUGCAUCAGUGGAACCAAUAAAUUAUUCCAAUAUCCCUGCCGUCGAUAGAAAUGCUUAUUUGGAAGCCAUUGGAAGAAUAAUUGCUCAUCCAUAUUGGAACUUUUCUGAUGAUACUGGAUCCUAUCAAGUGCUCUUGACGAGUACGUUAUCGUAUGUGAUUGACAAAUUGGGUAAAUUGAAAAAUAUUACUCCUCCAAUGGGUGCCUUUGCUGGUAAAGUUUUCGCUCAUGCAUUUUUCAAAUUGCCUAAUGUCUCCAAUGCGUUAUUGUUUUUAUUAAAUGUCAAACAAAUAACAUUUGGUGAUUGCUUAAAAAAGAUACGUCAACCAGCUAUUGAUUUCAAUAAUUUGAAAACCGCGUUUCCAGAACAUUUGCAUUAUUUAAUUGGUUUCCAAGGUUUACAAAAUCUAACUACUCGUGGUCAGAAAUGUUUUAUGAAUUGUAUACCGGCACCAAAACAUCCAGUCGACGGCAUAAAAGAUCCUAAUGGUGAUUGGGUGAGAAGAUGGAGCUGUUCUGACUCCAAUGUUUUCAAUUCGUUUUUCCGUCAUUAUAUUAAUCUUGUACAAACUUAUUUAUAUGAAGAAGAAACUGACACUAUCGAAGAAGUUUUAUAUUAUUGUCCUGGGUUUAAUAUUAUUAUCAGUCAUAUAUAUCAAAUUUUUGAAGUUUCAGUGACAAGAAUUACUAGUACGAAUUGUAAUCCAAGAAAUAUGACUUCAAAUGGAAAUAACAUUUCAGCUGUGAAUCCAACUAACACAAGUAAUGGUAGUGUUUCUCCUACUCCUUCCAACAACACAACGAAAAACAAAUCGACCGAUUCUUCGACCCCACCUCCACCUCCACCACCUGCAUUCAGUCACAAUAUGAAACAAAGUGAUAUGUAUUAUAACUCGAUUAUUAAAAUUUUCAGAACAGUACGAGAUAUCGCCUAUUCAGCAACGUUGAAUGAUAAGUCAAUUGACAGUGUUAGUGCAACACUAGUGAAAACUAUUGAUAGUUGCCUAAUAGCAAUAGCCAAAGAAACAACAAUUCAUAAUUUCAAUAAAAAUGGGAUUGUAUUGAGUAUUGUUAAUGAGUUCAUCAAUCACAUUGAGAACAACUGCUCAAGUGAAUUAAAGUAUCUUGUCAAUUGGGAAUUUUGGCUUAGUUGCAACUAUAUGAUGAUCAAUUAUUGUGAUCAUGUACAAAGCUUGUUACGAAAUUUUGCAUUUUUAUUCAAUACUUGGGAUUUAAUCCCUGACACUUUAUCAUCGUUUGUCACUAUCAAUGAAAAUGGUGAUAAUGAUGAUGAUAAGAAAAAUACGAAGCGACUGACACAAGAAAGUUUGAAAUGGAUAACCGAAACAGAAUGCUCUUUCAAACUCAAUUUUGUUAAUUUUUUAAUUAGUGAUGAAGUUUUUGAAAGGUUUUUCACUCAUUGGAAUCCAAUGGUUAGAUCGUAUUAUAUUAAACUAUUAAUAUGGAGAAUCAUUGGUAUUAAUAAUUAUCAAUCGUCGACCCUGAUACAAGUUUCAAGAAAUGUUCAAUUCAAGUUGAAUCGUGCCUUUGAGAUGUUGAGUAGAUUUACUAUGACAUAUAAUGGAAAAAUCGAAUUAAACUACAAACCUGAUAAUCCAUUGGUCAAUAGGAAAUUUGGGGUUGUGCCAAUAAAUAUUAAAGAUGAUUAUUUAUCUAUUGAUGAAAGAUCAAAUGAUAUUUAUAUUCCAACAGCGACAUCAUUAAAACCAUCAGAGUUGAAAAAGACCCAUCCAUAUGAAGUAUUUGAUGAGGCAAUCUAUACAUGUUCCAACUCAGCACUGACUAAUGGGACUCGAUCUGAUCCUACUACACCAAGAGGUGGUAGUACUGACUUGUUGCCUAACAAACCCAAUGGCCGCAUUGGUAGUAACAAUUCAUUGGUUAAUUCACUUGGUAGAUUAUUCAAAAUCUUAUCCACUGAUGAUAAUGAUAACACCACUAAAGCCACUACCAUUACUAACAACAAAAGAAAACUGCAAUUGAAUGAUAUUCAAGAGAAUGUGACUUCUGAUUUAACUGACAUGGCAACAGUAAAUCGAGUGAAAAGAAAUUCAAUAUCGUUGACUUCCUUGUCCACUACAUAUUCAUUCAAAUCAAGGUCAUCAAGUCCCAGCGUGAUGUCAUAUAGAUCUACUCCAACAUCAUUAACUGAAUCAUCGGCAUCUACUGAUGAUGAAUCGGUGUAUUCGAUGGACACUCUUAAAACAAAAUCUUCAUCAGCAUCAACGGCUUCAUCAUCAUCAUCAUCAGCAUUGUUUCCAAAUUCAUAUAAUAUACCACCACCAGAAUUGUCAAGAUUACCACCAGAAAUCAUUCGUCCAAUUUAUAAAUUUGAUGUUAUAGUUUGUCAUGAUUCUUUGAAUGAAAAAUUUGCCAUGAUUCAUACAAAGAAUACUUUAAUUUCUCGAGGAAUUGUUAAUAAUAACAAUAAUGCUGGUUCUACGAUGUAUAUGUCUAAAAGUCCUGUGACAAGUUAUUUCCCAUUAUCACCACAAAUCCCAUUUAUAUCAAUAUUUGUCAAUUCAGAUACUUUUAAAAAUAGAAUUUAUAUGAAUGAAGAAGAUGGAUUGUUUUUAGAAACAGAAUUUGAUACAUAUUAUCGGGAUAAUAAUAUGAAUGAAAAUAAUGAAAGUUUCCAAAAUGCCACUUUUGCACAGAUGAUGAAUUUAGGGAAAUCAUUAAAUGAAUUUAAUUUAAUGGUUGAAGAAUUCAAACAAUUUUUAAGUAAUCGAGUUGAAAUUGAUUCUAUGAAUUAUAGUGAGACUGAUGAAAAUUCGAUAUUUAAACAGCAACCACCACAAAUACAACAACUGUAUGGUCAUUAUAUUCAACAACAACGUGGUAAUGAUAAUUCAGAUAAGGUUAGACAAUCACUGAUAUUUUUCUCAAGGAGAAACAGUAUUAUCAGAGGUGGAUCUAAGUCUACCAGUACUAAUAAUGAACUUUCUACUACAACAAACAAUAGUGAUAGUAGUAAUACUACUGAUAGUGAUAAUGGUAAUCUUACUGGGAAUGAUAUUCUGGAAUUUGUUUAUUUUAAGAAAAUUAUUCCAUUUUUAUCAGUUGAUUCAUCUAAUGAAAUGAAAUUAUUAAAUGCCAAUUAA